AAAAAACCCAAAAAACAAGAAAAAAAAAUAAUGAGAAAGUCGUUUCCAUUUUCCAAUGGGGAAUGACUCCUUCCAAGCGAAGUCACCUUACAAAUCCAUGGUCUCAUCCUUUUUUUUCUCAUCUUUUAUCAAUCCAUUGUCUAGUUCUCUGCAAUGGCAAAAGAAACUCUCUCUAACGCCCAAUACGCUGAGGAAGUACUAUUCCAGGAGGAAUCAAUGGGCUCGGUGAUAAUUUCUCAGGUGAAAAACAAAAUUCCAUCAUCAAUUCCCAUGAUUGAACCAUCUCCAGAGCCAAACCCUAAAGAAACCGGCGAAUCUUCACUCAUUUUCUGCGAAAUUUGUGUAGAAAGAAAAGAAAUCGACCAAAUGUUCAAAAUCGAUAGCUGUGCUCACUCUUUUUGCUGCGAAUGUAUGAGCAAACAUGUAGCUGCAAAAAUUCAAGAUAGUACUUGUACUAUUAUUACUUGUCCAGGAAUGAAUUGCCGAGCAAUUCUCGAACUUGACAUUUGCAGAUCUCAGCUUUCCAAGGGAGUAAUUGAUAUCUGGGAGGAAAUGCUAUGCAAGGAGAUGAUAAGCGAAUGGGAGAAGUUUUAUUGUCCUUUUAAGGAUUGUUCUGCACUUUUGGUGAAUGAUAGUGAUUGUGAAGGAGGAGAAGCUAUUAGAGAGUCUGAGUGUCCGUUUUGCCAUAGAUUGUUCUGCGCUCAGUGUUAUGUGCCUUGGCAUUCUGGAGUUGAGUGUGAAGAGUUUCAGAGGUUGAAUGAGGAUGAAAGAGGAAGGGAAGAUUUGAUGGUGAUGGAACUUGCUAGAGCUCAGAAAUGGAGUAGAUGUCCUCACUGUAAAUUUUAUGUUGAAAGAACGGAAGGUUGCCCACAUAUAACAUGCAGGUGUAAGUUCGAGUUUUGCUAUGGAUGUGGAUCGCAGUGGACAGCAAGUCACAGUGGCUGUCAGAGAAAUUAGUUAUUGGAUAAUUGAAGUAUGAGAGAAAUUAUUUAUUAUAUAUACAUACGAUUUAAAAUGUAUGAAAUGAAACCUCUAGGUAGACGUUUCCUCGUGUGGCAAAUUUUAUGUUAAUUUUUUUUGAAAACUUAAA